CCUCAAAAUAAAAGACAGCAUCCUCCUCUCAACUGUCAGUCACUUGCUCACCUUGCCUCUCUCUCCCAGAGUUCUUAAAAUUGAAAAAGAUCCAUCAUGGCGUCCAAGAUGGUGGUCCAGCAGCCCAAGCCAUUGGUGGUGGCCGCUGCAUCAGACCAGUGGAGCACCAGCAUCUGCGAAUGCGACAACGUCAAUGAGUGUUGUUUCUCUGUGUGGUGUUUCCCUUGCUUCGCGUGCAUCACAGCCAGAGAUCACGGAGAAUGUCUCUGCCUCCCUCUCCUGGACAGCUGCGGGUGUAUUCCCCCCAUCACUCUCUCCAUGAGGGUUUCCACACGCCGGCGGUACGGUAUCACGGACUCUAUCUGUAAUGACUGUGUGUACUCUUACUUCUGCGGACCGUGCUCGUGGUGUCAGAUCAGACGGGAGAUGAAGGCCAGACUGCAUCCUAUCACUCUGUUCAACAACAGGCCCACCUAGAGACCGCCAGCCUCAUCCUCACCUUCAGUAUCAUUUUCACAGUACAUUCUCUAAAGCACACUUUGUCCUUAUCGGAUCACAUUGUUUCAGUUCAUAAAACAAAAAAACAAAGACUUGCUUGUUCCGCGGUUGUAAUCACAGUCACAGAUCUUGAUCUUCCUCCCACACACGCUGACCUGGGAUCAGCCCUUGGGCAAGGCACUGUAGUGGAAUGUGUUUUGCAUAUUGAUGGCGUACAACUUUAUUCCCGGAGGUGAAGAAUUCUGAAGAAUGGAUACUCCUAAGAAAUACUCCGAUUUGGGAUUUUAAUGUUGCCUUGUGUUAAGUGUCACUAGAUUGUUUUGAUCUGCUUUAGUUUUUAAAGACUUCAUUCUUUCCAAUGUACCUCACCACAUCUUAUAUUUAAAUGAAUAUGCAUCAUGUGAUUUUCACUGUAGUUAGAAUGUCGUUAUAUUGAGCCAUUGAUAUUUACACUAGAGGUUUGAUAUUACUGAAAGAUGUUUUAUUGUGUGUUUUUGCAGGCAUGUAAAUGCUUAAAUGUAGAAAAUACAAAAAUAUGUUGGGACACUCAAUAAAGCUAAUCAAAAACAAACAUAUGCAUUUGCAUUUAAUGUGUUUAACACUGUUACAUGUUUGUUUUGGGGUUACAAAAUUAAACUUAUUCAACCAUC